CCCGGAAGCAUGGUAAUUCAAAACGUGAAGUGCAGCCUUUGAAAAAUAUCAAAGUAAAUAUCGCUGCGCAGUCCACAGUCUAAAGUCCACUUGUCUGUACCCCCAUAUGAUGCUUCCUAUCUUCAUCCAGGAAACCCAAGUGAAACCACACCUUCACCUCCUCAACCCCGGACUUCCCCAACUUCCCCAAUUCUUCCAAUCUUAAUCUUCUCUUCCUCUUAUUUAUAUAUAUACUCCAUCCAAAUCCACACUCUCCUCCAUUCCACUCAACACUUCUCACUUUGAAUUUCAAUUUCCAACUCUCCUUGUCUAAGUUUUCUUUCUCUUUGUCUAAGAUGGCAACAGAGCAUGAAGAAACUUCAGCUUUAGACCUGAUCAGGCAACACCUCCUCAAUGAAUUCACCUCCAUGGACAGCUUCAUCUCUAGCCUCCACCUUUGCACCUCCCAAAUCCCCCAACCCCAAAUUUCCCAUUUACCCUCCCAAUCUAAGACAAACUCCACCACCAGCUCUGAUCAGUAUUUUAGAAUCUCUGAUUUCUUGCUCCCAGAAAUUGAUCAAGACACCCAGUUCGAAACCAAGCCCCAGAUUGCUCACCCAAAACCACCCAAACACUCGACUCUGAGCCACCGCAAACCCUCCAUAAACGUGGCCAUACCCUCACCGCCAGUUCUGUCCGGUGAUGAGCCUCAGAACCCAUCAAGCUCUAACAACUUGGUGGUCGAAGCUUCUGCGACUGCAAGGCAUUACAGGGGUGUGAGGAGAAGGCCAUGGGGAAAGUAUGCGGCUGAGAUUCGGGACCCAAACAGAAGGGGUUCCCGGGUUUGGCUUGGAACCUUUGAUACUGCCAUUGAAGCUGCCAAAGCUUAUGACCUUGCUGCUUUUAAGCUGCGUGGAAGCAAAGCCAUUCUCAACUUCCCUCUGGAAGCUGGAAAAACAGCAGAAACAGAGCAGCCUCUGCAGACAACUGUUGGUGGCAGCAGAAAGAGGAGGAGAGAGAGCGGCGAACAGAGCACAGAUAGUCAAGAGAGACAGAGCAGCGAGGAGAUUAGCAAUAAAGAGAUGAAGAAGGAAAAUCAAGAGAUGGUUUGUUCAAGUUCAAGUAACAGUGGAGUUUGUCCAUUAACACCGUCGAGUUGGACGGCAGUUUGGGAUAUUAGCAAAGAAAAUGAACAGGGGAUUUUCAGUGUGCCUCCUCUGUCUCCCUUAUCUCCGCACACUUCUUUCUUGGGAUUUCCUCAGCUUAUGGUUACAUAAAAUUGUUAAUGAUCCAUGUACAAAACAGAAGAGUGAUGGAUGAUUAGCAGGGUGGUUAUUGUAAAUUAUUUAGCUAAGCUAAGCUACAUCUGUUUCAGUUCAAUUAUAUGAUUGAAGAAUUCAUAUUAUGUUUUAUUGGAUUUGUUUA